ACCGAUUUGGAAAUAAGAACCCAAUCAGAGGGCCAUUAAAGGCAAAUCCCAACAAAACCUUCCCUUCCCUUCGCUAAUUCUUCUUCCUUCUUUUUCUUCUCUCCGCCUCUUAACUCUAUUCUUCCUCUUUCUCUCUCUAUAUUACGGAGAAAGAUGAACUGACAACUGACACCCUUCCACCAAACGGCGUAACGGACCCCCUCCCCAGAGGAACUCCGUUUACGCCUGCCCCCAGUCCAUUAAGACACGUGCCCUUCUUCUUAACGAAUAAUCUUUUUUUUCUUAUUUUAUAUGGCUUUGCAGCAGCUUAGCCUCGGCCCAACUCCCCUUGACGCCGUCACUAAUGGCGUUGACGCCCGGCCGAUGUCAACUGACGGCGGAGACGACGGCAGCAAAACCCCUAGGCUCCCCCGUUGGACCCGCCAGGAGAUUCUCGUCCUCAUACAGGGGAAGAAGGUCGCCGAGACCCGGGUUCGCGGCGGCCGGGCCGCCAGUCUCGCCUUCGGCUCCGGCCAGGUCGAGCCCAAGUGGGCCUCCGUCUCUUCCUACUGUAAGAGGCACGGGGUCAAUCGGGGGCCGGUUCAGUGCCGGAAGAGAUGGAGCAAUUUGGCCGGAGACUUCAAGAAGAUCAAGGAGUGGGAGACCCAAAUUAGGGAAGACACCGAAUCAUUUUGGGUCAUGAGGAACGAUUUGAGAAGGGAGAGGAAAUUACCAGGGUUUUUCGAUAAAGAGGUUUAUGAUAUUUUGGAUUCCGGGUCGGGCCCUUCCCCGUCGCCGGCGCUGGCUCUCGCCCUUGCUCCUGCCCCCGUCCCCGCUCUCACGCCGACCCCAAAUUCUGAGGACGGUAAGGUCGAGGCCGAGCCGGAGCCCGUGUUCGACAGUUCAAAAACUGCGGCGGCGGACGAUGGUUUGUUUUCCGAUUUCGAGCAGGACGAAACCAGCCGGAGCCCCAACAAGGAGGUUCCGGCCACGACGGCCGACACCGCAAUUCCUGCUCCUACACCUUUAUCAGAGAAGCUGUACCAACCUGCUGUACAAGGUUGCCCUGAUCAAGGUACAUCAAACGACAGAGAAGCAGCAGCAAAUCCAGAGACGGGAUCGACAUCGCAAGAGGGACGGAAACGAAAGCGUGUUGCAUUGGAUGGAGAUGAGGAGAACAUCCUGCAGGAUGAACUGAUUGGCAUCCUAGAGAAAAACGGAAAACUGCUGACUGCCCAACUCGAAGCUCAAAACAUGAACUUCCAGCUUGACCGAGAGCAGCGGAAGCACCACGCUGAUGGCUUGGUUGCGGUUCUUAACAAGCUUGCAGACGCUCUMGGUAGGAUCGCGGAUAAGCUGUAGUAAAGCAGGCAAUCCAGAUGAGUAGAUGUACAUAACAAACAACAUUUUUCUCUCCUGGAGCAUGAUAGACACAUAAGAUAGGUGGUAGCAGAAGAAAUUGAUGGUGAGGAUUGAUUGAUUGAUUAGUUUCAAGGUUUUCUCUUCUCUCUGAUAUUUCAAGUUUCAGACUGCCUUUAUGCCAAUUUAGUGGAGAAUUUAGAAAUUAUAGGUUCCCAUACACACCAUAAAAUAUAGAAACUGGAGAGUUAUAUUACCACAUUUUCUGCUCUGCCUUUUUUUCUYACAUGUAUUUCUAGUUUUAUACGGAUUGAAAUAUUUGUAAAUCUUAUUAUUUAUUUUCAUAAGACGCAUUAGCUCA